AUGGCCGUCGGGAAGAACAAGAGGAUUUCCAAAGGCAAGAAGGGUGGAAAGAAGAAGGCGGCUGAUCCCUUUGCAAAGAAGGAUUGGUACGAUGUCAAGGCACCCUCUAUUUUUGAGGUCCGCAACGUGGGCAAGACUCUUGUCACCAGGACUCAAGGGACUAAGAUUGCUUCUGAAGGGCUAAAGCAUCGAGUUUUCGAAGUUAGUUUGGCUGAUCUUCAGAAGGAUGAGGACCAUGCUUUCAAGAAGAUCCGUCUAAGAGCAGAAGAUGUUCAGGGCAAAAAUGUCCUGACAAACUUCUGGGGUAUGGAUUUCACAACAGACAAGGUCAGAUCUCUUGUUCGUAAGUGGCAGACUCUGAUCGAGGCUCAUGUGGAUGUUAAGACAACUGACAACUAUACCCUUAGAAUGUUUUGCAUUGGAUUCACAAAGAAGCGUGCAAACCAGCAGAAGCGAACAUGUUAUGCUCAGUCUAGUCAGAUUCGUCAGAUUCGGAAGAAAAUGAUUGAAAUCAUGAGAAAUCAAGCAAGUUCUUGUGAUUUGAAGGAGCUGGUUGCGAAAUUCAUCCCCGAGUCAAUUGGCAGAGAGAUUGAGAAGUCAACCUCGAGCAUCUUCCCUCUACAGAAUGUUUUCAUUCGUAAAGUGAAGAUUCUCAAGGCACCCAAAUUCGAUCUUGGCAAAUUAAUGGAGGUUCAUGGUGACUAUUCAGAAGACGUUGGUGUGAAGGUGGAUAGGCCUAUUGUUGAGGAAACAGCUGAGGUGGAAACUGAAGUCGUUGGAGCAUAA